CUUCUGGAGCUGAUGUACCAGGAGCCGGCACGUUGGUCCUACACCUUCCAGACCUUCUCCUGCCUCAGCCGCCUGAAAGCGAUGCUGGAGCCCCCCCCGCAGCGUUUUCCAGGGACCCCCCACCCCGUGCAGGUCUUUGAACGCUCUGUCUACAGCGACAGGUACGUCUUUGCCAAGAACCUCUUUGAAGCCGGGCACCUGCAGGCGCUGGAGUGGGGCAUCUACCAGGACUGGCACGGGUUCCUCCUGCAGCACCUGCGGCCCCGCACCGCGCUCCACGGCUUCCUCUACCUGCGGGCGACGCCGCAGACAUGCCUGGAGCGGCUGCGGCGGCGGGCGCGCAGCGAGGAGGGGGGUGUCCAGCUGGGGUACCUGCAGCAGCUCCACGCCCAACACGAGCACUGGCUGGUGGAGAAAACCACCGAGGUCCACUUUGCCGACGUGAAGGACGCACCCGUCCUGGUGCUGGAUGUGGACAAGGACUUUGAGCGCGACGCGGGCGUGCGGGACGGCCUCAUGGUGCAGGUGGGCACGGCCGAGGUGACGUCGCACUGCCGGGAGCGCCGGGACUGCGGUGGAGGCUUUCACCACGGCGCUGCGAUCCCAAACUUCGCCAUCGCCCCCCGACCCUCGCUGAGCGGCGGUGGCAGCCCCCCAGCCACCG